GAUGGGCGGAGGAUUUUUAGGAAGAGAUUCAGAGAACGGUUCUCAAGCGGAAUGGGCGGAUAAAAAGAAAUGGCUGGAAAGAGAUCAAAAUCAUUUCCUUGAUUUGCAUUUAAAUUUGGAAAGAAGAAUCACUCGAUAAUUUUUUUUCAGCCGCAUAUUCCUCAAAUAUAUACACCUGCAUCAGGGGAGAAAAAAAAAGCCCUAAGCUGGAAAAGAAAAAAAAAAUCGCAGCUGCUGGUUUAGAGAAGAGCAGCAACUAUUUGUCUUGGAAAAGAAAUUUUCCAGCAGCAUCGUCUUCAGCCGCACCAUGCUUAAGGAAAAUAGGAUUGACAUCAAAACUUAAUUCUUUACACAUCUGCACCAGAGAAGAAUAAGCCUCAAGUGGAAGAAAGAAAAGAAAGAAAAAAACAGCAGCCACUAGUUGGAGAAGAGCAGCAGCCGUAGACGUUAAAAAAAAUUGCAGCAGCAGUAUGUUUGAAUUUUUUUAUUGCAGCUCCAAGUAUCAUUCAAUUUUAAUCCCUGAGUCUCAUUUUUCAGUUUCUUUCACUUGAAUUGCUUAGUUAUUUAUUCUUAGUUUGCUUUAGACAUUGCUAAUUGCUCUAGAAUUUCUUCUCAAUUGAUAUUGGUAUCUUGAUUUUUUAUAAUUAUGUUUGUGGAUUGUGAAUGCAUUCAAUCAAAUUUGUUAGUUUUUGUGUAAUCAUGUUUGGCUAAUCUUUAAGGAAUUUGGGUUUGGAUGAAUCAAGGCUAAAAGUGGUUUUUGAAUAUUGAAUUGAAUUUAUAUUGCUGCUAGUCACUUUGAAUUUAUAUAUUAGUAUUUUAUUUAAUUAAACAGAAAGAAAACUCAUCAUUUAGUUGUUUACCAGUUUAUUGAACUUAUGUUUUUUUGCAAUUGAAGUUUUUUUUGGUUUGCCAUCUUUAAUUUUUUUACUUACUCAGGUUUAAUUAAUUUCUCCAUUAAUACUUUUAUUGUUUAUUUUAAUUUAUUCAACCGUUAUCACAACUGAUCAUUUGAGAAAGCUUGCAAUGACUCGAAUUGACCGGUGACCGAAAUUGAAAUCAACCUUACCCUUCGCCAUUCCUUUGAGAUACGAUACUCGGAGUUAAUUUUUCCACCUCGAACUGUCACUACGUUUUACUACAACGCCGAGAAAUCGGGGUUGUCAAACACUCAAAUGGUGCCGUUGCCGGGGAAUGGCACGGUUUGAAGUUGAUUUCUAUUUUUGGCAUAGGUGAAACCCGAGUUAGUGAGACUUCCUCACUUUGUUUUUGUUUGUUUUUGUUUUUUUUGUGUAUUUGUUUUAGGUUGCCUCCUGUGCAUGCAUACACGCUCUUAGGGAUCUAAAGACUUGACACCUUUUAAUCCGAGCGCAUUUUAAGAAGAGAAUUUACCCAAAAUAGGACUAAAAGAGUUUGGAAAUUCCAAAAUAGGACUGACAUGUUUUUAUUUCCAAAAUAGGACUAACUACUGCCAUGUUUUGGCAGUACCAGACUUCAAACAUGACAGUAUUUUCCAAAUUUGGCAGUAAUUACUCCUAUUUUGGGAAUAAAAAACAUGACAGUCCUAUUUUGGAAUUUUCAAACUGUUUUAGUCCUAUUUCGGGAACUUUCUCUUUUAAGAAGAAGGCAAAAAAAAACUCUUGAAACAAUGGCUCAAGACGGAGAUGACUAGAUGAGCAGGCGAGCGUGAGAAGAACCAUGUAUGACCAGAUUGCUCCGCAAUUCACGGAAACUGAUGGAAUUACAAUGCCAGGAAUUCAAGCUGUAAACUAUGAGCUUCCUCCUGGUCUAAUCAAUUUGGCACAAAGCAAUCAGUUCGGAGGGGCAAAGCAUGAAGAUGACCGUAGUCAUAUGAUCUGGUUCAAUCGUUUGUGUCGUACCUACAGAGCUAAUGGAGUCACAGAAGCUGCCAACAAGCUGAUGCUUUUCCCAUUCUCUUUAAGAGACAAAGCACUGCAUUGGCUAGAUAGUAAUACCUUUGCUUCUUGGGAUGAAUUGUACCAGGGUUUUAUGAACCAGUAUUGUCCAGCAUCUGCAUGGAUUAAAGCUAAGGCCGCCUUGCAUAAUUUCAGGCAAGCACCAACCGAAAGCUUGUGUGAGGCUUGGGAGCGAUACAAGGAGCUCAGAAGUAAAUGUACAGCAUCAGUCAUGGAGAGCAUUGACACCAUUUUUCACUUCUAUCAUGGACUGACAAUUGAUAGCAAGAAAGAGCUCGACCAUUCCUCAAAGACGGGAUCCAUUCUCAGGUUGACUACAAAAGAGAGCGAAGAGUUGGUAGAAACGAUAACAGCCAAUGAAAGAUAUUGGUACGAUGAAAGAACAGAGAGAGCAAUUCCGGUAAGGGAAGGCUUACAUGAAGUUGACCACCAUACGGCCCUAGCAGCAAAGCUUGAAGCUGCUAUAUCCAAGUUUACCAAGCUUCUUGAUAAGCAAAGCAAUACUCAGUCGGUGAAUCAAGUUGGCGUCUAACAUGGGGUUGCCCAAGGGAAUCAAACACAUCUUCCAUCUCAAUGCAGAGAUAUUAUAGCCACAUGCGAUCUUUGUUGUGGGACACAUUUGACUAAUUUGUGCCCAUACUAUGAAGAAACACCUCCUUUAGCUCAACACAAGGAGGCGAACCUACUGGAGUACGCAAGGAAGGGAGAAGGUCCUCUGGCUAAUCAAUUUCAGAAUAAUAGAGGGAAUGCUUUUGGGUACAAUAAUCCAAGAGUAAACUAUCCAGGUGGAAACAACCAAUGACGAGACAACAACUGAUAUGGUGGAUACCAAGGAAAUCAGGGGUAUCAAAGGGGUAAUUUAGCAACUCAAACAACCAGGUUUAUAUACCCCCACACCUGAGGCAACAAGAGGGUACCUCUCAUACUCUAACAUGACAUGGUGAUGUCUGAAAUAACAAAGCUCAAGAAGGAAAGGGCAGCUGAGACCUGACAACGUGAUCAACGCUUGAAAUCAGUGGAGACAAACGUCUCAGUCUUGAAGGAAUUAGGGUCCAAAAUUGAGCAAUUGGUGACUGCUCUUAGCGGGAGACAAUUGGGUACCCUACCAAGCACUAUUGAGCCUAACCCACAUGAACAUGUUCAAGUAAUCACGUUGCGGAGUGGCAAGGAAGUCCAAGGUCCUUCAAAAGAAAAUGAAGGGAGUUUAGAAUCUGUCCCAGUGCAAACUAAAGAGGAAGACCAUACAGUUGAGACGGAAUUUGAGGCUCAACAGGCUGUCCGGAAGGUGAAAGGAAAAGAUGUCCAGAGGGAGGAGUUAAACCAAGAAGAACCAAAACUAUCUUCAGCCCCCAGUUUACCCUUCCCCGCUCGGGUAAGGAAAGAGGGUGACCGUCAGAGAGAGUACCCGUUUAUGGAGAUGAUGCGGAAGUUACAUGUUGACAUGCCACUUACAAAGUGUUGGCAGAAAUGCCUAAAUACGCCAAGUUCUUAAAAGAACUGCUCACAAGUCACAAAUAAGAAGAAACUCGAAGAAUGCUCUGUGGUGGAUCUCAAUGCAGAAUGCUCGACAGUAGUCUUAAAGCAAAUACCCGAAAAGCUUAAAGACCCAGGUUCAUGGUAAGUUAAUCUGAACCUAUUUAAAGAGGUUCAGAAACUUUUUAAAGUCCUCGGCAUCAUUCUUUCCCUUUAAGCGUUGCGAGAAUGGGAGGGGUGGGCAGUGAGCUUUGACUGGAAUGGGCUGAAUUGGGGCUGCCUCCUCCUUCUUCUCCUCCUCCUUCUCCUUCCACUAGUAGAAAAAUGCCAAAUAGAGGCGCUUCAUUUGAGGCGCUUAUUUAUACGAGCGCCUCUAUUUGUUGUACGAUUUCAAUCUUUUAUUUUUUCAUAUGCGCGCGGCGCUUGUUUAGUCCAAAGCGCCUCUGAACCAAUUUCGUUGUAAAUUUUAUUUUAAAAUUUGGGACACGUGCGGCACUUUCCCGGAAGAAAUGCCUCUGAAUAAAAAAAUCGGAUCCGUCAUUUUCUUAAAAUUAGUGCGGCGUGCGGCGCUUCUAUCAAAUAAGCGCCUCCGAUCCGAUGCUUUUCAAUUAGCUAACCCUAGGCCCUUUUCAAAACGAUCGAAUAUAGAUCAUCGUAACUCCAUAGUCCAGCCUUGUCGCGCAAACCGGAAAGAAACUCCAGCCUUGUCGACUGACGCUGUGCUUGCCGCCGACUGCUGCGCCAAUGUCCACUGGUCUCCUGGCCGCUGCCACCUACUGCUUUGCUUGCCGCCGCCGCCUCGACGAGUAUCUUUGUGGCUGCUGAUUGCUCUGAUUGUCACCGCCGCUGUGAAUUUCAAUCACCGUCGAGUGCUCUCGGACUUCGGUAGAUCCGUAGACCGUAGAUGCCCAACGCUCUCUAGGCCGCAAGCUAAAGGUCAGUAUAUUUUCAUUUAAUUUUUUAGAAUAUUUUACUUUUUAUACGAAGUACUAGGCAUUACUUUUUGGAGUUUUUUUAUUCUUUUUAGCUAUUAAGUGAAAUAGUGAAUAUAAUAAUGUGAAUGUCUUUAUUUUCGGAUUAACAGGUUCACAUCAAAUUGUUGCUUGGAAUAUGAGUGAUUAUUACUUGUAUUAUGGUAUAAUAAUAAUAAUUAUAUAUGAUAGUAUAUAUUUUUAAAGUAAAUAUGCUAACUAUGUUGUUGAAUUUUAGCGCUCUCUCUUUUGUUAAUAACUGGUCUCGCACCUUGCUUUGCUUCACUAGUGGAAAAACGUCAAAUAGAGGCGCUAUGAAAAUUAUGAUGUUGGACAGGUAUGACGUUCAAGAAGUGAACCAUACACAUUAGCGGAGCUCAAUGUAAUCAGAAAUGUAUGGUCAAGAUAUUGUCUUGAUGUAGUAUUGCAAAUUUGAGAAAAAACUACAUAGCGAAACAAUUUGUACUUUGUAUUAAUGUAUGAAUGUUGAUUGGAUGUUUAAUGAAAACAUGUACUGCAUUAUGCGUUUGAUAC